GAUCAAAGUGGCAGAGACUCAAAACUCGACCCCAGAGUCAGUGUGAGCCGGACCAAGACACAGAUGAUGUCACCGUACAGGCACCUGAGCUGCGGUCGGCUGUGGAGGCUGCUCCUCGUGUUCCUGAAGCUCUCUCACAGUUUGGCUGGGCCUCUGCCAUCUCCGAACGGGACCCAGUGCACAGCCAAGGGUCCCGCGUCCUACAUCCUGGUCUUUACGGGGCACUGGAGUCCGCAGGCCUUCCCCAAGCAAUAUCCCCUGUUCCGCCCCCCCGCUCAGUGGUCCAAACUCGUAGCGGUCAGCCAUAAUCGCCAUUUUCAUCUGUGGGAGGAGGGACGUCUGGCCAGUGAAGGAGUCCAGAACUUUGCUGAAAUCGGAGUGACCGUGGACAUCAUGAAGGGCGCCAAAGAAGCCAGAAAGAGACGAGCCGUGGGCGCCAUGUACCGGACGGCUGGCAUCCCCAACGGAAUCGGCCACAGCUCCACAGAACUGCUCGUGCUCCCUCGGACUCCGCUGCUGUCCCUGAUGGUGAAGGUCAUCCCCAGUCCUGAUUGGUUCGUUGGUGUGGACAGCCUGAACCUCUGCGAUGGGAGCCAAUGGAAAGAAGAGGUGACCUUUGACCUCCAGCCAUAUGACGCGGGGACAGACAGCGGCUUCACGUUCUCCUCUCCAAACUUCCCCACCAGCCCCCCCGAGAACAUCACCAGAAUUACGUCACAAAUGCCAAACCACCCCGCCAACUCGUUCUACUACCCCCGUCUGAACGACCUCCCUCCGAUCGCCAGCAUUAAGCUCACACGCCAGAGGAGGCUGCCCAACCGUCAGACUGUCAUGUCCAAUCACAUUCUGCCAAAUUCCAUCAUCCCUCAGCGUUUCUCAGCGACUCCUCUGGACUGUGAAGUGUCCAUGUGGUCGUCCUGGGGUCUGUGUUUGGGACCCUGCUCCAAAGGGGGCGUCCGCCACCGCACCCGCUACAUCCUGCUGCCCCCGGCCAACGCCGGAGACCCCUGCCCCGAGCUGGAGGAGCAGGCGGAGUGCGUCCCACACAGCUGUCUAAAGCGUCCUUAAUCACCACGAGCUGCUGCCAGUGUCCACUGUCCAGCACUGGGACAUGACUGUAGAGACACGCCGAGUGUGUCCAAUGUCCCCGUCAGUCAAACAAAAGGGGUUUUAUGCAAUUUUGACAUUCAAAAUUCAACUCCAGCCAAAGUGAUUUGAGGAAAACGACCUGAGCGACUCCCACAGACCCUGGACAGUCUGACGUCCAGCACACUCCCCCCGUGUUUAGUAACUCAUGUUUUACCUCCGUCCCACGCUGCUCCUCUGUGGACGUCUCAAAAGACACGUUUCAUUUUAAAAUACAAAUAUUUCUUUGUUCGUCUGGAGUAAUGCUGCACAUUCACACUGGUCUCUAAAGUCCUUGCACAUACUGCACUGGGGCCGUCGGUCACAUACUGGACGACCUACAGGCCACAUGCUUGGCACAUGCACACACUUCAAAAUAACCCUGCAUUUAUUAAUAUAAUGUUCCACCGUUAAACUUUAAAGGCUUACUUGAAAUGUAAAGGUAACGCAAAGGAGC